AGGCCGACAGUUCCAGCCGGACUCAGAUUCUGUGACACCGUGGCGUCCACAGCAAAACAAACCGGCAGAAGCCAAGCAGCUAACAGUUAGCAUCGUCUCACUAGAACUGGACCCGGCCUCUGCUGGUUCAACCCGAUCUCUACCUGUCCCGGCAGGAUGCAGGCGGAGUUUCGGGCUCCCCGGCGACGGACCCGGGUUCAGGAGGAGUACGAGGCCCCGCUGCCAGUGAGCCUGAGACCGGAGGAGAGGAGCCUGUUCAGGGCGGAGCUCAUCAACCAACACGUGCUGGUCCGGGACCUUGAGCAGAUCCAGAAGAUCCACAACCAGGGGUUUUUCGGGAAAGGCGUCUUGUCCAGAGCCCGGCCGGACCACAGCAUCUCUGACCAAUGGGAGGAACACGAAGGUUUGUUUCUGCCACUCGUGUCACAGGCCAGGUAUGAGGAGCUGCUCAGGUGGGCGGGGGCAACUCUCUCCGCUCAAGGGUUGGACGAGGAAGCUGUCAAUCAGACUCUGCUCCAGCUGUCUCAGCCAAUAGGGACUGAGGACCUGAGGGGGGAGGGGCAGAUGAUGAAUGGGCAGGAAGGGCCGGGGCCAGAGGACGGAGCCUCUCCAUGCACAGAGAGGGCGUGGCCAGAGGGCGGAGCCUCUCCGUGCACAGAGAGGGCGGGGCCAGAGGGCGGAGCCUCUCCGUGCACAGAGAGGGCUAACCCUAACCCGGACUCUGAUUCGUUCUCUGACUCUGACUCUGAACCUGGUCCAGGUCCAGGUUCUGGUUCUGGUUCUCUGGUUCCAGGUCCUGGUUUUGUCCUGGUGGUCUCUGACAGUGAGGCUGCUGUGCAGAUCAGGGAGGUCAGACGGACUCCGUUGUCGCUGUCAGAGUAUCUGCAGCUCAGUCUGGAGGAGGCCUUCUUCCUGGUCUACGGUCUGGGCUGUCUGUCUGUCCACAUGCACCAGGAGCCCCUGUCAAUCGUCCAGCUUUGGAGGAAGUUCCGGUCGCUGCAUCCCGACUUUGUCAGCUCGUACGCAGCCUAUCAUCACUUCCGCAGCAGGGGGUGGGUCCCUAAGGAAGGGGGCGGAGCCAAGUACGGCGUCAACCUCAUGUUGUACAGGAAAGGGCCGCCGUUCUACCACGCCAGCUACUCCGUGGUCAUUGAGCGGGCUGACGAUGCAUUCGAGGGUUCUGCGCUGCAUCCGUUUUCCUGGCGCUCUUUGGCAGCUCUCAGCAGGAUCACCGCCAAUGUCUCCAAGGAGCUGAUGUUGUGUUACGUUGUCUAUCCGACCGACCAAUCAGAGGCGGAGCUUGACUCACCUGAGUGCCUGAGCAGACUGAAGGUUCAGGAAGUGAUCGUCGGCAGGUGGGUUUCCUCCAGAGAACGAGCGGAGCAGGACGACAUCUGAUUGACUGACAGGAGAAACUCGCGAGGCCCUGAAGUAGUGAUGUCACUAGGAGACUGGUGAUGUCAGUGUCAAGUAAGAGCAGAAGACAAACAUGGACGCUGUCGUAGAGCUGAUGGAGGACGUGAUCACCUGUGAUCUUUGGAGUUGGACUGCAGCUUCUGGUUCUGAACUGAUGUGGUCCAGCAGGUUCAGGUUUGAUGUUUGUGUUCAGUCAGCUGACCGUCCAGGUAACCAUGGAAACAGCUGGACCACCCUGUCAUGUCAGUAGUCUGUAGGACGUAUCUUCUGGGAACCAUGAGUCAGACCCUCACUGAGAUAUUUAAGAUGAUCAUCAGCUGUAGUCAAACCCUCACUGAGAUGUUUAAGAUGAUCAUCAGCUGUAGUCAAACCAUCAGGGAGAUGUUUAAGAUGAUCAUCAGCUGUAGUCAAACCCUCACUGAGAUGUUUAAGAUGAUCAUCAGUUGUAGUCAAACCACCCAUCAGUGAGAUGUUUAAGAUGAUCAUCAGCUGUAAUGAAACCAUCACAGUCAGCAGGUUUGAACUCUCUGACCCCAGAAAGGUUUCAGUCUUUGAAGAAUCACCAGUAAUGGCAGAAUUUAUCAGACAGAAACUAACGACAGAAUCUCCAGCUGAAGAACUCUGACCGCCUCAAUUCUCUGUGAAGGAAAAUGACGUGAAGCUGGACAGACGAAGCGUCACAGUGAAGCUGGAAAUGUACAAAACUGCUCCAGUAAAAUGGACUUCAUGGUGCUUUAGGUUCACUGGUCUGAUUUGAAGAUGAGACUUUUAAAAACUCGACCAGAAACACAUUAAAGCAAGUUCUUCUGAGACCAUCA